UUAGGAACGUGCGGAUUUUGGCGAUGUUGUGGAGGUGGAGACUGCAUGUUGCGGAGGCGGAGUCUGCAUGUUGCGGAGGUGGAGUCUGCACGAGUUUGUUAAAGAUUGGACUUGGGGCUGGAAGGAUAGGUUGGAGUCCAGAAUGACACCAAGUACUCUGGCUUGCGGGGCGGGUUUGAUGGUAGCGUUGUUGGAUGUGAUGGAGAAGUCAAUGGGGGGUGGGGUCCGGGCUGGGGGGGAAGACAAGAAACUCGGUUUUGAAGAGGUUCAGUUUAAGGAAGUGGAGCGACAUCCAGUCUGAUAUGUCGCUCAGUAGGUGUGUGAUUCGGGCGGAGACUGAGGGGGUGAGGUGGGGGGUUGAGAGAUAGAUUUGUGUGUCGUCGGCAUAGAGGUGGUAGUUGAAGCCGUGAGAGUAUAUGAGUUGGCAAUGGAGGAGGUGUAGAUGGAGAAGAGAAGGGGCCCGAAGACGGAGCCUUGAGGGACCCCAACAGAGAGGGGGAGUGAGGGGGAGGUGGUAGCAUUAUAGGUAAUGCUGAAGGA